AUGAGCUCUAGCAACCAAGGCUCGCGACUCGACGCGGUCGCGUCGGACGCGCGGCGCGCCGCCCUGACCAUGGGUGGGCUCGACGCGGCGGCGCGUGACACGGCGCUCGCUGCCGUCCGAAAGCAGCUCGAGAACCAGCGCGCCGUCAUCGAGGCCGCGAACGCGCUCGACAUCGCGGCGGCCACAAAGGCGCAGCUAGACGCGCCGCUGCUGCGCCGGCUGGAGGUGCGCGGCAAGAAGUUUGACGCGAUGCUUGCGAAGCUCGACGAGGUGCGCGCCGUCGCCGACCCGGUCGGUGCGGUGCAACUCGCGACGCGGCUCGACGACGGCCUCGACCUCUACCGGGUGGCGUGCCCGAUCGGCGUGGUGGCCGUCAUCUUCGAGUCGCGCCCGGACGCGGCGGUCCAGAUCUCGGCGCUCGCGAUCAAGUCGGCGAACGCGCUCAUCCUCAAGGGCGGCAAGGAGGCGGCCCACACCAACGCCGCGAUAGUGUCCGCCAUCCAAGCCGGCCUGGCCGCUGCCGAGGCCGAGUCGGGUCGCUCCGCCGAGGCGGACGGCGGAGGCGCGGUGCCGAGCGCGGCGGUGCAGCUCGUCGCCUCGCGCGACGAGGUCUCUGCGCUGCUCGGGAUGCACGGCAAGGUCGACCUCAUCGUGCCUCGCGGCUCGAACGCUCUCGUGAUCCCGGUCCUCGGCCACGCCGACGGCAUCUGCGCCGCGACUGCGCGGCGCGUCGUGCUCGACGCCAAGACGGACUACCCCGUCGCGUGCAACGCGGCAGAGACGCUGCUGCUGCACGCCUCGCUCCUCUCCUCGCCCACGUCGAGCGAGGCUCUCGCCGCUGCGGGGCUGCCGGCGGGCGGAGUCGUCAGAGCGAGCGAGGCGUCGACUCGGUUCGCCGACGGGCAGCGGUACGGCUUUGGGGCCGAGGUUGGCGUCUCGACCAACCGGAUCCACUCUCGCGGCCCGAUGGGCGUGGAGGGGCUGCUCAUCUACAAGUACCUCCUGCUCGGCGGGGGCCACGGAGGGGCCGCGCUGCGAGCGCCGCUCCUCGCGGCGGCGGCCGCGUGCGGCUUCGCGUGCGGCGUGUUCGUCGCGCGCGCCGCCGCCCGCUGA